AUGCCUACCCAAUCAUACUUCAACAAAUACCCCUCAUUUCCCAGCGACGUUACGACUGCUCAACUUCCUCGCCUGUCAUUCUCAAAGAAUCUGAAUUAUGAGAAGGCAGAAUCUGAUGCAUUCUUCAAGGUAUGCAGGACCAUGGCCUUCUUUCUGCUAGAUUUUCAAGGGAGCUCUGAAGGAGAGCAUUUCUUGAAGAAAGCCGAGGCUAUGCUUAAUUUAAUUAGGAAGUCAACGCUAAGGAUGUUGAUGAGACAACAUGACCGACACCUCAAUCCCCUAUCAAAUCCACCCUCCAUCGAAGCUUACCGGUCUGAAAUAAAAGCAUACGUGAAGCAAGCAUAUCCCAUCGUCUCUCUCAUAUGUUCCCAUCUCGAUAGGCGACUCCAUCUCCCUCCAAGCACACUAAUCUUGAUGCUGCAUCUCCUCGGACACAUAGACAUCGGAACACUAACCAUCAUCUUCAACGUCACAGGCGGUCUACAAUUACUCAAUCCAGGCGUAGACUCAAAAGAUGAGGGCAGCUGCAUGUACAUCCAUCUUGUCCCAGAGCGGAGCGGUGGGAUUCUGCGAAGCAAUAUGAAUUGUGAUACUUUUGCGCCGGGGGGACAAGGUAGAGCUGAUAGGUGUAGCCUUGCGUAUCUGGUGCGGCCGGAUAGCGAUGUGCUAAUGAAGAGGCGGGUGGCGCAGAAAGCGGGGGCCCUUGAGUCGGGAAGGGACAAUGCGAGGAGUAGAGCUGGAGAGAGAAUGUGGUUGGGCAGUAGGAGCAGGAGCCGCUUCGUGGGUCUUGUCAAGUAAUGCAACAUCGAUCAAUUGAGGAACGCAGUCUUGUACAGCCUAUUUCUCACACAAAUCAGCAAGAAGAAAAGACGU